UAUUGAGGAAGUUUUGCUAUCGUUCAUGAAUGAAGGUACACCAUGGUUUAUUUAGACCUUUUAACAUAGACUUUACAGUGUCCCACAUUAGGCAAAUGACUGUCCCACAUUAGGAAGCUGCACAUUUUCUCAGACAGUUUGGCACUGAUAUCUAUAUCAUUUAUUUUAUGAAUGUGUCAUCUGCAUUUUCUCUUUUGAUUUGAUAAGGACACCCCUGAGGGUUUCACAAAGGUAUUGAAUAUGGGUUUAAUGUGUUGCCUUCACAUCGAAAUAUUCUACAUAAGUCUGAAAAGCCAAAAAUUUCCCAUAUUGGGCAAUCUACCCUACAUAUUGUUCCUUUAACAGUAAACACAUUAACUUUAAGUUGAACAAGACAAAUCAAAUCAAAAUAACUCGGUCUCUUGGUGUAAUGGCAGGAACAAACAAACAAACUGUUCACGGAAUAACCUAAAAGCCCGUGAAGACCUCAGGCUCAGGGUACAACGAACUCCGUUCAACUCAUACGUCCAAUGUUCCGAACAAGCAACCAUGCUUUCCCGGCUUACCUCAGCGUCGAACACAAGGUUGGGUAUGGAAUUCUCUUUUUUGGCAAUUUUUGCAAAAUUACUUGAAAUCCUAUAACCCACUUACAGCCACUGAGUUAGAAGUACUGACAUGAACAAGUCAAUCACCUGUGGAACGGGCAGGGCUGGAUAAAACUCCAGCCAAUGAUUUCCAGACCCACCGAGUGGCAUUGGACAGUAAGUACGUCAAUCAAACGGUCGUACUGCACUUCUCAUCUCAAAAUCUCAUCGGCGAUCGGCUGCAUCAACAACGAACUGAUCUGUGACCUUGUUCCCCGAUAUGUAGCCUAUGUGACCGGGGAACAUAGGACCCUUUUUCAAAAAAAGGGUUCUAUGUUCCCCGGUCUGUUACUUUUACCACCAUUACUGCCAAAUUCCGGCCGAGAUAACUACCAUUGCAUGUUUUUACCUUUUGAGGAAGAGGGAGAGACGUGGGAGAACCUGACGCAGUCUAUUCAUACGCCGGUAAACAAACCCGGAGAAGCCCAAUCCCUACGAGAGCUCCCCGCGCUACGGCCAUCCGGAGGCGCACAGAGCUUUUGGCCGUGAUAUUAUUAUACAAUUUUAUUAUAUGAUAUUAUAUACUAUUAUAUAAAGAGCUCCGGGAGUCGCAAACGGCAACAAUCACUUUCUCCUCCAUGCUGCAGUUCACCUAGCCUGGUUACAGUUCACCCCGGACAGCACUGCAAUGAGUUGGUCGGUUGAACGCUGAUUGGCUGUUACGUUACACAUGUCAAUCUGUGGCCACGCUGUUGAACGCUGAUUGGCUGUCAUCACGCGAAUGUCGCGUCAAAGUUUAAAUAUUUUUAAAGAUUGAUAGAUUGCGGGGAACAUAGGACCCUUUUCCCAGGAAAGGGUCAUAUGUUCCCCGCUUUUCCCAAAAAGAAGAACGGGGAACAUAGAACCGUUUAAAAAAAAAAAAAAAAAGGGUUCCCCGAGCGGGGAACAUAGGACGGGGAACAUAGGGAUGACCCCUUUCAAAUAACCGUUCAAGAUCGGAAGUUAACCCUUGGAAACAGAAAGGGUUUGUGUCUCGGAGAUGAACCUUGAACUGAGAAAGGAGACAGGAUUCGUUGAAGAAGAACGUUUUCUCCGAGGGUUCGAGCUGAUUUACAAUUUUUAUAUCUUUUCUUAUUGCGGAGGGCUCUUUCGUGCACAGAGGCCCCUGGGUCCAUUUGGUACAAUAUACGCGCCAAAGGUUGAAACGAUGAUGACUGAAUGUAUGUAGAUUCAUUGUGAGCGAACUAUGAGAUUUUUUAUCAAAAGGCCAUUCAAGGGCAACUAGCCCUUCAUAUUUCAUCAAAGCUACGAAGGGGUCUGGACCUUGAAAUACAUUAUAUUUAUAGUCCAAUAGGCUGAGAGUUGAUCCCGACGCAUGUUAUAGCGAUACAGAGAGCAUUACAAAUUAAGAACACGAAAAAGAAAACAACAAGGACAGGGAGACUAUAAAUGGAGUUUUAAAGAACAUUGUGAUAAAGCGAUAUCCAAAAUAUGUAACGGAUAUCUCUUCAUGGAAAGUUGUUUAUAUUAUAGCUUAUCAAUAACCUGAUUAUGACAUCUAACAUUGAUAAUUGUCUGCCUUGAUAAACCACAAUAUUUUAUAUUCCAUGAUCUCCUUCCCCCAUGUUAAUCUAGAUAAAACUUGGAUUAUGCUUUAAUAUUAUAAUAUAACAAGCACCGUGGGCGUGCACGUAUAGGCGGAAUACUCAUGCACCAGGUAUACGCGUUUCCUACAUUGGUUUGAGGAGGUUAAUUUAUCUAAUGCUAUGUUGGUUUUUAGAACAGCUAUGUUAUAUUUUCCAUCUGUAUUGAACAUGCUCGAAAUGUGUGAAAGCAGUCACAAAACAUAUAGCUUUUAUUUUACUUUCUGUAGGCUUUUAAUGAAAGCAAUCACAUCGAUACCGAAUUGCAAGUGAUGUAAUGAGCAUUAGUCUGAGAUUCGUGUGUUUGAUCCCGCCCCCUGGAACUGGGGGAGUGUGUUGGGGGGGGGGGGCUCCUUAUAUAAACCAGCGCGUGUGUUUCUCGUGCUUACUAUCCGUCUAUCCACGAAGGGACAGCUUCCAGGCGCUCAGAUCGUUAAGCCAACUGCUGCUUCACCAGCCUCACCUGCAAUAUAGUAACCAUGGACGCAGCAGAGUUCCGGCGCCGGGGAAAGGAGAUGGUUGACUUUGUGGCGGACUACCUGGAGAACAUUGAGCACAGGCGAGUGUACCCAGACGUGGAGCCCGGGUACCUGCGCUCCAUGAUCCCCUCCGAGGCCCCGCUGGAGCCUGAGAGCUACGAGGACGUGCUCAAGGACGUCGACAGGGUCAUUAUGCCCGGGAUAACCCACUGGCAAAGCCCACACUUCCAUGCCUAUUUCCCCAGUGCCUCUUCCUACCCGGCUUUGUUGGCGGACAUGCUCUGUGGUGGCCUAGGGUGCAUUGGAUUCACAUGGGCUGCUAGUCCUGCUUGUACUGAGCUGGAAACAGUGAUGUUGGACUGGCUGGGCAAGAUGCUCCAGCUUCCAGAAGACUUCCUGGCGGGAACAAAGGGUCAGGGGGGAGGAGUCAUUCAGGGUACGGCUAGUGAAGCGACUCUGAUGGCGUUGCUGGCUGCUCGCUGCAAAGCGGUGAAAUGUGUCCACGAGUCCGAUCCUCAACGAUCGGAGGCUGACAUAAUCUCCAAACUGAUCGCGUACACCUCAGAAGAAGCCCACUCUUCAGUGGAGCGAGCCGGCCUGAUUGGCGGAGUGGGGAUAAGGAUGGUGGCCACCGAUGAGCACUUCUCUGUCAGAGCAGAGACCCUGGAGAAGAUGGUGGCUGAGGACAAGGCCGCUGGAUUCAUACCCUUCUUUUUCUGCGCAACUCUUGGCACCACUCCCUCUUGUGCGUUUGAUAAAAUCACUGAGCUCGGGCCUCUAUGUAACGCAGAGAACAUCUGGAUGCACAUUGAUGCGGCGUAUGCUGGAAGUUCAUUUAUAUGUCCAGAAUUCAGGCCUUUGUUGGAUGGUGUCGAAUUUGCAGAUUCAUUCAACUUCAACCCCCAUAAAUGGCUUUUAGUCAACUUUGACUGUUCUGCGAUGUGGGUCAAGAAGCGAACCGACCUGAUAGGGGCGUUCAAACUGGACCCAGUCUACCUCAAGUACGACAACCAGGAGUCAGGUCUGGUUACAGAUUAUAGGCAUUGGGGCAUUCCACUUGGCCGGAGGUUCCGCUCACUGAAGUUAUGGUUUGUGUUCCGCAUGUACGGGCAGAGCGGCCUGCAGGCCUACAUCCGUAAGCAUGUGGAACUGGCCAAAGUGUUCGAGACUAUGGUAAAAAAGGAUAAAAGGUUUGAGAUCUGUGCGGAAGUCGUCUUGGGACUCGUCUGUUUCAGGCUGAAGGGUUCGGAUGAGCUCAACGAGGCCCUGCUGAAGGAGAUGACCCAUCUGGGGCGGAUCCACCUGGUUCCCUGUAAACUGCGCGGGCGUUUCGUCCUGCGCUUCGCCGUCUGCGGGCGGACCACCGAGCUGCGCCACGUCCAGGAGGCGUGGACGCACAUCACGGAGCUGUCCAGCGAGCUCCUGCUGAAGCACCAUUCAUAAUCAUAAUUAUAAGAGUAGUGUUAAUGGUGAUGAUCAUAAUGACCCUCUGAGUGGUGAGACGGGGAGGGGGUGGGACCAAACAGGGGACCUUGAAUCCCCUUGAAGGAAAAGGAAUGAGGCCUGAAACGGGGACCAAAUUCUGAGACUUUAUUGUUGCAAAUUUUGUUAAAAGUAAGAAAGAUUUAAGAGCUGUCAUUUCAGUGUGAUUUGUCUGAUAUGCCAUUGCUGUCCGUCGGCUUGAAGUGUGUGAAAUGCUCUGUGAGAAUAUCUGUGCUUGUGACUGCCUGCUUCUGUAUCGUGAGACUGUAAUCGACCGCUCACGGCUCAUUUCCGACCCAUCUGGAACUCUUUCCCCCCCGAUUGGUUCAAGGAGUCCAUCUUGCCUGUCAAUCACACUGCGUUAUCAUAGCCCUACUAUAGGUGGAUCACGUGUUCUGCGGAUGUUUACUAUUUUUCGCUGUGUAAAGUUAUGCAGUGUAUUCUUGGACGUGGGUACAUGAAUACAUAACAUGACUUCCUGAUUUCAGUUCUCCCCUUGCUUCGUCGGGUGCGCGUUCAUGACAAGAACAGGCUUAUGUGUAGUUCCUUACCGUGCGUUAAUUGUAUCGCUGUAAAAGGUUUGAGUGUGUGUGUGUGUGUGUGUCUUUCUCUCUUUUUGUCUGUGUGUGUGCGUGUCUCUCUGUCUGUUGUUUGAUGGGGUGCAUUCAAAUGCUUCCUAACCAUGCGUCUUUCAUUGAAUGUAGGCUACAACACGCUGCUUCAAGGGAAUUUCACACUGUGGUAAAAGUUUGUCCAUAUGCAGGCAAGUGAAGAUCCAUUAAUUGUACCUUCAAGCUUUUUGCAGGCGAGACAUACAUUUAAAUAAGAAUUGAAAUGACUCAAGUAAUGAAUCUGAAGGAAACCCCAAUUAUCCAUGAUGUAAUAGGCAGACUUUACCAAUGAGUGGCACAUUGCUGAUGCAGAAGUCUUCUGUCACACAAGAUAUAUUAUCUUAUUAUUUAUAUUAGGCCUAGCUGUUAGGCCUAAAUUGAUUAACAUUGAUUUAAAUGUUUGUCUUUCAUCCUAUCUUUCAAGAGAACAAACAGAAACAUCAAAUAGAUGGAUCAUCUUAGCCUGGACUUCUGAGAAAUGCAAUUUAUUCUCAUCUGAAUGUGAUGUUUUGUCGGAUGAACUAGAUUAAAAAAAGUGUAGGUAAAGGUAAUCUGAGGUGGGCGAUAUUUAAAUGUUCAAUCGCCCAUACCACACCCUUUAAUCGCUUAUUCUUUUACCAUGACUGAAUUAAAGAGUCUGAUAGAUAAUGGUCGACACUGUGAAAUCAAAGAAAAAAAACAAAAAACAAGCAUGGGUAAAUGUAAAACCUCCUUCACCCCUUCACAAGUCUAUAAUGUGUGACCCUUAUAAGCAGAUUUCAAAAGCCUUACAAAUAAGCUUAAAUAUAUACCAAAGAAAGCUUGUACUUAUCCAUCUUGGAAUUUGAAUAAAACCUUGGGUUGAGGAUAUAUUAGUAGUGCCAGUGUAUCUUAAUCUAGUGAUCCCUUAGUUUCUGAAACGGUAGCCCUGAUUAGCCGUAACCCUAUAGAAGAUGAACACUGUUCUUGAGGAUGACACUAGCUUGUUGAAGCUUUAGCCUACUACAAUUAUGUAUAGUGCUCGUUUAAGCUGUACUAUCAUUAUGUUUAGUGACCAUAAUAGUUAUUGGGCGCUUGUUGGACCCUGGUACUGUUAAAUAAUUAACUUGAACUCGAUAAACUAAAUUGCUAUGUGCUGGACAGAGCGACAGCACUGGUAUGGUAUGGUUAGCUAAUCCAUUUGUGUGUGUCUUGGUGUGUUUCCACUGUGCAGAACUAUGAAUUAAAAUGACACUGCCAUGAUUUGAGUUUUCUUAUCAAAAUAAUAUUGAGUAUGUAGCCUAGAAAAAAUACUAAAUAAAAUCAGUUUCCUCUGCUAUUGCCGCAUACGAAGAUAAUAUAAAUAAAAAAAGAAAUAACAGAUACAUCCUUCAUAUAAACUUUGUCACGAAUCAGCAACCCGUUUCCUGACAGUUGCAUUUUCCAGAGUCAACCACAAGAGUACGCCACUGCUGCAAUAUAGUUUGAAAUUAAAACCACGUUAUCGCUAAUGCAUAGCUUCGUGGGACCAUGCUGAUCUCACGAGUUCACCU